AUGAUAGAUGACCAUGCUUUCAAUCAUAUAAAUGCUACAAUCACUGAUCCUAUAGACAACAACAGCUGGAUUCUCACUUGUCUCUAUGGAAGCCCCUAUAGAAAACUGAAACUUAAAUCCUGGAACAUUAUAAAACAAAUGGCAGGAAAUGUAGACAAACCGUGGCUUGUUAUUGGCGACUUAAAUGUUGUUCUCCAUGAGGAGGAAAAGAAAAGUAGAUUUGCUUUUAAGAAAAAUGAGGCGAAAUUUUUUAACAAUCUUAUAAACAAAUGCAACCUAAUAGACCUAGGAUUUACAGGAUACACUUAUACCUGGAACAACAAUAGACAAGAGGAUGAUAAUAUUGAACAGAGACUGGAUAGAGCCUUAGUGAAUGGUAAAUGGAACAGAAAAUACCCUAACUCUAGCAUAAAACACCUAGGACCCUUAGCCUCUGAUCAUGUCCCUAUAAAACUUAAUAUGCAUAACAACUGGGAUGAUGGCCCUACCCCUUUCAAAUUCUUUGGUGAAUGGUUAAAGCAUGCUGAUUGUAAGAAAUUGAUCCAAGAUAGUUGGAAUAUAAAUGUUAAAGGUUCCUCAGCCCAUAAGGUGAACAUAAAACUGAGUACUGUUAAACACACACUAAAACUAUGGAAUAGGAAAAACAUUGGAAACAUAAAUAGGAACAUUCAGAACAUAAAGAAACAGCUAAUUCAAAUCAAUUCGACUAUCAAUUGCACUAACAAGACAAAUGAUAUAGCUAGAUUGAGAACUGAACUUGCUAAGUGGUAUGCUAUUAAAAAUUUUUUUGGAAGGAUAAGAGUAGGGACCAGAACCUAG